AUAUUUUGAAAUAUUUAAUUGAAAUAAUUAAAAAAAUAAUUCACAAAAAAUAUUUCAUGCUGUGUGGAGCGUUUCACUGUUAAUGAAAAUCUAUAUAGCACAUGUAUACGUUGCACUAUAGAUUUUUGGUGCCCACAUUCUCCUGCGGUAAAUAUUGUAAUGCAGAUAUAACAUACAAUGUCAUUUUUUUUUUCAGAUAAAGAAAACGAAGAAGUCCGAUGCAGAUGAUGCAAACUUUAAUAAGCUUCUAAAUAAUUAUAGAACUAAGUUGAAAGGGAUUGACUUGAAAAAGUCGAAAUGGUAUGAAUCCUCGAAUGUAUCUUAAUAUGCAGUAAAAUGAAUAAAUGUUAAUAGCAUUUAGCAGAAUAAUAUACGAACAUGAUUAUGUAGCAUAAUACAUAUAUAGAGUGUCCCAAAAGUUCCGGAACGAUCAAAUAUCUCGAGAAUAAAGCAUCUUUGAGAAAAAUAUUUCAGACAAAAGUUGUUGGGUUUUAAAAGACGCAUUAUAUGGCAAUGUAACUGACAGCGUUGUUAAGGUCACGUAAAAAUUUUUUUUACUUUAAAAUUUUUUAAAUUUAACCCUCAUUUUUAAUUUCAGAAUCUAACAACUAAAUCGAGAGCUUUUUAAAACACUAUAUAAUAAAGUUUAUUUUUAUUAAAUAUUUCCAAAUUAUGAGACUUGAAAUAUCGAGUAUCGCGAGCGCUAUGGGCGUGUCACAGCAAUAUUUUUUUAAGAUACAGCUAGCACUGUAAUUUGGCAUGAAUUUGAAAGGAUUAAUGAUAUUUCUGCGUGUAUUUACAUAUUCCAGUUCUAUCGGCUGCCCCCCCUCCCACACAGCAUGCCGGUAUUAACAUUAUCCCAAGGUGUACCACAUGGAGGUUGCUCGGUCAGAUUUAUACCGCUUUUGUAUGUGUAUGUGAAUGUUCACAGCAGAGAAGUUUCUGAGUCAUAAAAAUCACGGAACUGACGGCCCUUAUGUCUGUCGUGACACAUACAUAUACACCUACAAUAGGUGUAAAUCCGACUGGACAACCUCCAUGUAGGUCACCUUGAGUAUUGUUAAUGCCGGCGGAACUGUAUACUUCACGCUUCAUAACUCGGAAAAUAUUUAAUGAAAAUAAACUUAUUAUAGCGUUUAGAUAAAUUUAUUAUAGUGUUUAGAAAAGCUCUUGAUGCGCCAACUAUUAGAUUCUGGAUCCUGGAAUCAAAAAUAGGGGUUUCGGUUAAAAAAUUUAAAAUAAUUUUUACGUGACUUUAACAACGCUGUUCAAAGUCACAAUUACAUUGCCAUAUAAUGCGUCUUUUAAAACUCUACAACUUUUGUCUAAAAUCUUUUUUUUGAAAAUCCUCUAUAUAUUUUCGAGAUUUGACCAUUCUGGAACUUUUGGGAUACCUUGCAUGUAUGUAUAUAUUGUCAUUUCUGUAAUUCAAUAUGCUAAAAGAAUGAAUUUAAUAAUUCGAAAAUGGCCAAAAUUUUGUCUUUGCUAUUAAAUAAUCAUUCACUUCUCAAUGUUUAUUAACUUGAUUCGUAUAUUAAAUUAAAAUGGAAUAAUUAUAAAAUAUACUAUAUAUUUUAUUAUUCUUCUUUUCAAUGUCGUUCCACACACAUGCGUGGGCAUCCACAAACAUUCCACACACACGUGUCUGUUCCCCUUCUUAUAUUCGUUCUCCCACUUGCGAGCGGUUUUCUGUCAAACAUCUUUCAAUAUCGGGUACUUCAGCGCGAAAGAACGCAAGACAGUCUCAGUCAGAUCGUGAUUUUUUUCGUGCGUACAACGUGUUGUAGAAGAUCUUUACAACUCAAUUUCAACUGUACAAACUGCCUAUAAUAGCCUUGGUUUAAUUCCGUCAUUAUCUCCGCCAACUCUAGCGAAAGUGCUCAAUAGUGCUUUACGCUCAAACGCACCCAAUAACAAGGAAUAUCUAUGUUUUUCCCUAGCUGCAUAUUUUCUUUGAACUCUCUUCUAACUUGUAUGGACCAUUUUCUUAACUGUAAAGCUAGAAAAUGUCGUUGAGGCAACAUGUCAGGCACCUGUUGCGUCGAUUCGUCAGAAUCGACACAAAAAGCGAUAGAGCGUUAGACACGCUAGCUACAGCGGAUGUCGAGGGACAGGAUCUAUUGCGACAUCGCCCGUACUCAGAGAUUCCGGGACCUAAGCCAAUUCCUUUGCUUGGCAACACAUGGCGAUUUCUACCUUACAUAGGAAAUUUUAACAUACAGGAGAUAGACAAACUGUCAAAAAGACUGUACGACAAGUAUGGCAAUAUCGUGAAGCUAGAAGGUCUUUUAGGCAGACCCGACAUGGUAUUCGUAUACGAUGCAAAUGAGAUUGAACGAAUCUUCCGGCGGGAAGAAAAGAUGCCUCAUCGGCCAUCCAUGCCAUCACUUGACUACUACAAGCAUGUAUUGCGAAAGGAUUUCUUUCAGGCUAAUCCGGGUGUAAUCGCCGUCCACGGUGAGAGUUGGUAUAAUUUCCGAAGCAAGGUGCAGCAGGUGAUGCUACAACCGCGGAUCGCGAGAAUGUAUAUCGGCGCGAUUGAAGAAGCGAGCACGGCAUUCCUUCGCAGAAUAGCAAAGCUACGGGAUCAGAACCAUGAAAUGCCUGAUGACUUUCUCAAUGAGCUGCACAAAUGGUCUUUAGAAUCUAUUGCACGGAUCGCGUUGGAUGUGCGUUUGGGUUGCCUGGACGAUGACGCGAAUGCAGAAACGCAGAGAGUCAUAGACGCGUUGAUCACGUUCUUCAAAAACGUGCCUGUGCUCGAACUAAAGAUUCCUUUUUGGAAAGUCUUUAAUACACCCAGGUGGCAGCAAUACGUAAAUUCCUUGGAUAUUAUUGUGAGUACCAUAUCAAAAUAUACGGCCAUCGCUCUGUCGAAGGCCAAGAGCAAAAUGGAUUCGGACAAAGAAUUGUCUCUUCUGGAGAGAGUUCUGGCUCGCGAAGGUGAUACGAAAAUAGCCUCUAUUCUUGCUCUAGAUUUGUUCUUGGUCGGCGUUGAUACGACAUCGACUGCGGUAGCCUCGAUACUCUAUCAGUUAGCGCUACAUCCGGAGAAACAGGCUUUAGCGUACGAUGAAAUCUGCAACGUUCUCCCGCAAAGAGACGCGCCUCUCGAGGUGACGAACAUCGACAAUUUAAAGUACUUGAAGGCGUGUGUGAAAGAAACUCUCAGGAUGUAUCCAGUGGUCAUAGGCAAUGGGCGGAGUACAACCUCGGAUAUUGUAAUCGGCGGCUAUCAAGUGCCGAAAGGGGUACACGUGGUAUUUCAACACUACGUCAUUAGUAAUCUGGAGAAGUACUUUCCGCAAAGUGACGAGUUUCUUCCGGAGCGAUGGUUGAACGAUCAGGACGGUGUCCGUCACGCGUUCGCUUCACUCCCUUUCGGUUACGGCAGACGAAUGUGCUUGGGACGACGAUUCGCCGACCUCGAAAUAAUUAUCGUCAUUAGCAAGAUUCUUCAGUUUUAUAAAAUAGAAUAUCACCAUGAAAAGUUGGAGUAUUACAUUAAUCCAAUGUAUUCGCCAAAGGGACCAUUGAAGCUGAGAUUUAUCGAGAGAUAAUAUCUUUUUUUAUGGAAAGAACGUAAAAAAUGUUAUUUGUAUAUUAAUUUAUAAUUAUAAGCAGUUUCUUAUAUAUGUAUUGACAUAGUUUUGAAAAAUUAUGUUGUAUUUAGUUUCUAGAAUGCACUUUAAUGCAAAGAAAUACAAUAAUUGCAUUAAACACAAA